UUGUGAUCAGGGCGAGUCAGUGAAAAUUGUAAUUUAUAAACCAGUGACAACAAAGUCGUUAUGUAAAACCUCGUUAUCCUCGACCCAACGCGCGUCCGACAACAAUCAGUUCACUGCCAACGACGAUCAGCUCAACAAUAGCAACGACCAGUUAACGAAUGAACUAUAGAUGACGAUGAACACCACAGAUCAACCAUCAAACACAAGCCCAUGGCACUCCAUCCGUCCCUGGACGCCUCACCUCAUCCUCUCGGUCCGUGAAAUCACAUCUGUAUCAGCGACUUUUAUUCUCUCCUCAACUCUCUCUCCACUGUCUGAAUCUGUUUCGAACGUAGAUCAUGAAUCAUCGAUACCCGCAACGACAAACACGAAUGCAAACCCAGUCACCGACGCAGACAUGGAACGAGAACUAGAAACAGAACUAGAAGUAGGAGUCGACGAGGAACUAGGAGGAGAAACAGAAGGGGACAGCAUAGGAGACUCUGCCAGAGGAAUUAUCUCCGAAGCACUCUCAGCAGGUCUCUCAGUAUCUGUCAACGGGUCCCCAUGGCAGCGCGUCCUCAUACGCCUCCUCGAGCCCGCAGACGAGGCUGUUAUAAUAAUAUACGGGCUCAUGCCUGGACGGCAGUAUGAUAUUGAUCUGGGACUUGUACAAGGUGGAUUGGCAAGUUCUAUUAGGAGGCAAGUUGUCACUGAAGAAGCGGAAGGUGCGAUUGAGAAUGGAAGGUUGGAUGAAGGGACAAGUACUAGUUUCCUCCUCCCACCCUCAUCCUCGUCCUCCUCCGCAUCAUCAUCAUCCCAAAGCCUAUCAAUAUCAACCGCAGCAACUGAUCCAGUCCCCCUCACCCAUCCCCAAGCGCGCUCCACAUCUCGCUCCACAACACCCACCCAAGAAGAUCGUCUCCCCAAACUGCAAUCUACUCUCGCGUCCCUCCAAACGCACAUCUCCGAGCUGACCACCACCCUCAAAUCUACACGCAGAGACAGUCAAAAAGCAGACUCUGUGCUCAAAAAUGAGAUUGAAGCUCUAAAUCGGGCUUCUGAAAAAGCCAGUGCUGCUGAGAGUAAGGCGAGACAGCGCAUCAGGGCGCUUGAGGAUGCUGUUAGGAGGGCUAAUGAGGGGAAAGAGGAUGCUGAGAGGGUGAGAAGUGAACUUGAAGGCUCUAACCCUUCUUUGAAGAAACAAGUACGCGAGAAGGAGGGGGAAUGUGAAGUUCUUAACAAGGAGGCUGCUAAAGUGCGUAAGGAACGCGAGGGAACGGAGGAAGUGAGGAGAAGACGCAUCGAGGGUGUUAAAAAUGAGAUUGGGAGCGUCGAGCAUAGGCUGGAGAGGCUCUAUGCGAGACAGGAGAAGUUGGAGGGCACGGUGUUGAUUGAUUUGGAGAAGACGCUUAAUGAGGUUGAGAAGGAGAUACAGGAGGCUGAAGCGGAGGCUGACGCGGCUGUGGCGUAUAAUACGACCAUCGGGAGAUCAAUGCAGAUGCAACCCCCUGUAUCCCCUCCUCAGUAUCGGAGACAUCAGCCACGGACCUCAGCAUAUCGAAUCGGGGAUGGCGCGCCUCCUGGACUGGGAUCCGCUAAUCCAUAUUCGAGCUGUCAUGCAUCCAGUUCUUGGUUGUCGCAUUCUACAAGUUCAUCGUUGUCGCAUCCGAAUGUAUCAAUAUUAUCCCAUUCAACGAGUUCUACAUCGUCGCAUGGUGGUAGUAUGCUUCCUACUAGUUCCGCGCCUGGGACGUCGACCUUGUCGAGCAAGGCACCGCCUUUCGAGCCGGCGCGCGGGUUUAGGUCUUCGUUUCCGCCGUUGAAGCCUUCACCUGGUAUUGCGCCAAUCCAGAGGCCUGUUGGGACGUUUUCGAGGGGUGGCGGGUGAUGAAAAUAUUGGUGUGGAGUGUGGUAUUCGUUGUAUAGCUUUGGGCAAGUCAAAUAUGUGCUUGAUGUUGAACGGGUUCAAACUUCUUUUCCUCAGCCAGCCGACAUGCUCAUCGCAACAAGCUGCAGCCUCACUGAUGAGAGCCCAGUACUUUUCGGCGCGGACAACAACAAGUUGGCACAGAAAAUUUGGAUUUGGAUAACUCGCGUCGUGCAGGUGACAGACAAAGGAAUGGUUUUUUCGAUUAUUGUCCGUUGGGGCGGGGCCCUCAGAUGAUGUAUAAUAUUACCUACACGCUUCAAAAUAAUGUCUUGUCGAAAACAUGGAGCACCCAUGGACCGUCUGGGGUAGGCAAAGAAACAAACAUCUAAUUGAAUCAGUUUGACGCUGAAGCGGGUGCUGGGGAUGUCACGGAGUCCAGUAUGAUUAACAUCCAUUCGCGUAUCUAAGCACGCAUAACCGCCGGCAUGUUGUCCACCAC